UCUAAUUCCACCGUGAAGGCGAUUACGGAUUCCAUUAGCGACAAACGACACUGGCAGCUGUUCACUGGACACACAAAAACUGACCACGUCACAGGGAAAUCUAUCUGCAUUCCAACAUGAGCAAAGUAACCUUUAAAAUCACGCUAACCUCGGACCCAAAGCUGCCUUUCAAGGUGCUCAGCGUGCCGGAAGGAACGCCAUUCACGGCCGUGCUCAAAUUCGCAUCGGAGGAGUUCAAAGUGCCCGCAGAGACAAGCGCGAUCAUCACCGACGAUGGCAUUGGCAUCAGCCCCCAGCAGACGGCCGGAAAUGUAUUCCUGAAGCAUGGCUCCGAGCUGCGUCUCAUACCCAGAGAUCGUGUGGGCCACUAACUAGCUUAACGUAUUUCCCGCUUGAGAUUUUCCCCUCCAAUUAAACGUAAAUGUAACAUGAAGAAA